UAUAGUUCAAGGGUGGACGCAAGCGGAAGUAGAGAACACGAGGGGGUGGACAGGGGAGGAAGGAGGCCAAGGACAAUGAGCAGGCAGCGGGCCGAAGGAGCUCGGCCAGGUACCGGGUCUGGCCGUGGUCGUGGUCGUGGUCGUGGUCGUGGUCGUCACCGAGGAGAUCUUGAACUUGAGACUGGCUCUGGUCGUGCGAGUGCUAGAGGGCGACCUGGUAGCAGACUUCCUCGGGGUGCUGCUGAGAGUAUGCGCAGAAUGAGUGCUGGUCGCCCUCGGCGAAGAAGUACUGCCUCAAGCAUGCCCGCCAGAACCUCGAGCCGCAGUCGGCAUAGCUUCCAGGGCGAGACCGUUGAUGUGUUCAACACUAGAGGCAACGAGCGAUCGGCGCUCGGCAAGUGGCUGGUCUCGGGUGCUUCGGCGAUGGUCAAACGAAGCUACGAUCGCAAGGCCAAGAGCUAUGUGCUGGUAUGUGACGGUGGGACAACAACGACCAUGCAGCUGCCCAAGUCUGACAAGCGUCCGCUCGGCCUCCACCAUCGCUUCUUGGUCCUGCAGCUGUGUGUGGCCGAGAAGCGGACGCGCGACGGCGAGGCACGGCCAGACGACUUUUCUCUUGAGCUGCACAUCACGGACGACUCGGAGAGGAAGCGCCGGUUUCACCUCUCGACCAAGGUGCGCACGCUGGUUACAUCGGCCCUCCACGCACAAAUCCCGCUCGGCUUUGUCCGCCGGAGCGUGUGGGUCAAUCUUGUCCUAGACCUGGCGUCACUGGUGGCUGUCAACUACCCGGGUGCCGCGUUUGAGACACUCGACACCAUCGUGGUCAAGCCCAAGCUCCUCAUCCGCCGCAUUUACACCACUGCGUACCCGCUCGCCGACACGUCUGGCGAUGUCGAGGUCUUUCCUGCUUGGACACCACCAGGCGACGACGCAGGGCCGGUCCCGAGGCCGUUUGCCUUUCCCACUGGCGUAGCCAACGUGGUCCAGGUCGUCGACAUGGCCAAAAUUAUGGCAGCAGCACCGCGCGACGAGCCUUCGGUUGAUCUGCCUGAUGAGUCACCCCCUCGCUCGCGGAGCGUACGCUCGAUACGUGCACCGCAGAUCCCGCGUCGGUCGUCGAUGCCGGCCGCAGAGCUGCAGGCCGAGGGAGGCGCGGGCCUCGACCUAACCCCAAGCUCGGUGUCAGCGCGCUCGGCCUCGGGUCACGCCCACUACCCGGGCUUUGCAGGCGCGCGUCGCCUCCCGCACACCUACACCAUGGCGCGGCGCAACUCGCGCGACAGCGGGCUGUCGCCGGCCGCAGCGUCGGCGUCGCCGCGGUCACGGCCGUCGAUCUCGUCCUCGCCGCCACUCGGGCUCGACAUGCACAUCUCGGGCUCACCACUUACCGUCGCCACACCACCGCUCACUGACGAGCGGUCGCCGUCGCCACCCGUCGUCCGGAUGAACGACCAACCGCCGUCGCCCACCGCCGUCAAGGCGCUCGCCACCCCCGAGCUUGGUGCAUCCCAGUCGUACGACGCCACACCGUUGUCGUCGAUGACUGCCGCAGCUGACGACGACUCGGUACUGUUUGACUCGGGCGCGUCGCGCGCCGCAUUGGGCUUUCCGCCGCGCACUUCUCUGCCCGACCGCUCCCCGCCCGACAGCCGCCGGACUUUUACCAAGACAUUCCCGACAACCUGUACGACUCGGACCAUCUCGCUACCAGCGAGCUCGGCGACGACGAGCGCGGUGUCGGCGUCGGCAUUUCGAUGGACUCGACCGACUAUGCGUGGCACUUGUUCCCACAGCGGUACAAAGGCCCGCCGCCAAUGCCCACGGUUCCGUCGCCGACUGCCUGCACCGGCUCGAUGCCCGGCUCGCCGGCGUCUGGCACCUCGAUCGGCGACUCGGUCGGUGAUGUCUCGCUCGUAUUCUCGUCGGGUGAGAUGGAGAUGUUUGCCGAUUCGGACGGCGACGUCGCCGUCGACAGUGAGGUUGAGGCUCUCCUGCUUGGCUCGCCACCGACUGUUGCGCACCGAAACGGCAGCGAUGUCGAGAGCGACGAUGCUGCUGCCGAUUUUGAGCUCACCAUGCCAGACCCGGAGCCGCAUGUCGGACCGGCGAUGCCGGCCACGGUGGCGGCGUGGGGCGAGAGCGCGUCGGCGCCGGCCGCAACCCCGCCGCCGGCGCGUAGACCGCCCACCGCUGCCGGCCGCAACUCGCGGCUCAUUCGCGAGAAGAUGCCCUCUCACCGGAUUGGGACGCCGCAGCGGACCCGGCCAUCGAGCGCCGCCCCGCGGCGAUCAUACUCGCCGCCGCUAGUCACCGCCACCGACAUUGCCUCCGAGGCAAUGCCGAGUCUGGCCGAGCUCAGCAGUCUUGAAUCGGGCGGGCCCCUCUUUGACGAGCCUUUGCCCACGCCUGAAGCCGCCCUUCCGCUCGUCCGCAAGUCACUCACCAUGGAGCUCACGCCCGAAGCCCGCCGCCGGCUGCGAGAAUCGGCGUCACGGGUCUCACGCCCCGUCACUCCCGACGACGUACCUAAUCCUGCAGUCCUCCCUGGCGAGAGCAAGGCGUCAACACCAUCGCGGGUCCGCGAAGAAGAGUCGGGCAAGGAGCUUGAGCUCAUCUAUGACCCGAUUUUGCACUGCUUCUUUGACCCGCGCUCCUUUGUCUGCUACGAGAUGGUAUGAGCGCGCGCCCGACCCGUGACUCGAAUCCGCCAACCCACCACCAUCACCACCGCCAC